UGUCGCUGCUUUAUGAAAUUGAGACAUGCGAAAAGCCAGUACCAUGAGUUUUUCAACUACGCUUCAUCUUUUGAGAGGAGCUUUUCAUUGUAAAAGUGCUUUUAUUUAACUGUGUUAAAAGAAAGGAGUAAUUCCUUUUGUUGACAGAUCCGUGAACGGUAGAACCAGUUCCUACGGACUUAUUUGGUAAAUUUAGCUGGUAUCGUUUUGGCUGUAGAUAUCUGCAUUAUUUCGUGUUUCUAGCUGCCAUUAUAACAAUGAAGAAUAAAUACACUCCAGUUUCAGAUUCUGAUGACUCUUUCAAAGUGCUCAAUGAUGAAAAGUCAGACGCUAGAUCUUUGGAUGGUUCUGGUACGCCUCCUCCGUACUCAGCUCCGAACAAAUUUUUUGAUUUAGAAAUGGCUGAUGGAUCUGCUCAGCAUUCUGCCCAAGAGUCCACUAACAUUACUGGGUCGAAUUCGACAUAUUCAAAGUGGGUUUCAGCGAAUAUCUUCUUUUUUUUUGCGUCUUUUGAGUACAUUGGGGCUUAUGGUAUUCUUCUCGUAAUGUUCUUUUAUUUCAAGGUUCCUGUGAGGACACAAGACUUUUGGGGACUUUUUGGCGGAUUUAUUGGAGCGAUAUCACUAUUUCUCUAUUCAAUGUCUCAAUUUCCUAAAGAAUGGUUCAAGCAAACUGGUAGAGUGCUGUCCAACCUGUGUGUCGCAGUAAUAUGUACGGCUUCUCUGGAUGUCACUUGUUAUUCCGUGUAUUAUUUUGUAAAGAAGAUAAUAGAAUUUGAAAAGAUGAACGAUAUUGCUUUCUAUGGUGUCUGCAUUGUUAACGCUGCCGUGUUUGUUUUAUUUUGGAGUACGGAUACGCGACAAUUUCGAAUCUUCAUUGCUGAUUUAGGAAAUGGCAUGGGAAACAUGGUGAAUGCCAUAGGAAACGGCGCAGAUGUCAUAGGAAACGGCAUAAGAAAUGCUGCGAAUUAUUUUCGACCGACAGAUCCAGAAAAUGAAGCACCUCGUAACGAGGAAAUUGAGCUUCAACCUCUUGCUGAGCAAAGCGCUGAAGUUUGAGUUUUAGCGAAUCUUCUCCAUCCCUCCUAUAAAUCGCAUUUUCUUUGGAAGCAUUCAUAUCAAUUGCAAUCCCUCGAGUUUCUGCAUUCUUGUCCACAAAAGCAAACAUCAGCUUCAUAUUAGGGAUUUGAUUGCUUUUCACGUUCACUCUUUUAUGUAUUUAAGAAUUCGUUUCGCAAUAGUGUUAUUUAUGAAUCGUUCGUUUUCUUUCUGACGAACAUCCUUGUUAAUGCAACCCUUUUAAUGAUUUCACUCACAGCAUAGAAAGCACAAAUCUUUCAACUUGAACGAUCCGACUUUUAUAGCCUAAUGAAUUAAAUUAUCGUCUACUUAGAGAGUCAAGUAAAUGAAUU